AUUGGAAGGAACAGGUACAGUUCCUUGGGUGUUUCCAAACGACGUCAAUGCUUUGACAGUCCCACUUCUGUAAUUGGCCUAUGCUGUCAGAUCCCCCUGUCAUUCCUUGAACAGGCUGGUAGCUCGCAACACCGAUAGCUCUUCUAUGUGCGCGCAUCAGAGUGAGUCUGUACAUAUAUAACGCAGUCAUCGUCAUUACGAAGUCAGUAUGGCGAUCGUUACCUCAUUCCAUAAUCCAUCCCUCGCCCACUAUGAAGAUCAACACCUCGUGGUCAUUGGCGUUCAGCCUUGCCUCGUGGUAUUCCUCAGUCGACGCCUUUUGGCGCAUGAACUGUGGUAUUUCUCAACUUGGUAGAAUCGAUCCCAUCCUCAGUCCCGGCGCUGUUUCCGGCCAUACACACGUGUUGUCGGGUGCAAUCAACGUCAACACAACAUCGACCUUCGAAUCUCUGUCUCACGCAUCUUGUACAACAUGUUCAAUACAGAAAGAUCUGAGUGCCUACUGGACCCCUCUUCUCUACUAUCAAUACAAGAAUGGCUCUUUCAUCAACGUUCCCAAUGGAGGCACGGUGGUCUACUAUCUAGGUCGAGGCGACGACCGUGCCAACAUCAUCCCUUUCCCAGCAGGCUUUCGCAUGAUCUCCGGCGACUCCACCGCUCGGUCAUACGAUAACAAGACCAUGACCUACAGCACGACCAACAACCCUGGACGUCCCGUUUCAGACAGAGUCAGCUUUGUGUGUAUCGACUACAACAAACCGCAGGAGCAAACGCCUGCAUUGAACAACACAAAUUGUCCAGAUGGUCUUCGUGCUCAGAUUCAAUUCCAGAGUUGCUGGGACGGUGUCAAUCUUUACAAGCCCGAUCAGUCCCACGUUGCCUAUAUGUCUCAGAUUGACAAUGGCAUCUGUCCGCCCACCCACCCAAAGCUAUUACCUCAUCUCUUCAUCGAGAUGUACUACUCUCCCAACAAUCUUGACACUUCGGAUGGUGGUCAAUUCGUCUUUGCCAACGGCGAUGCCACCGGCUAUGGUUUCCAUGGUGAUUUCAUGAAUGGAUGGGAUAACCAGACCCUCACUGAUGCCGUCGCUCAAUGCAUCAAUGGAAACGCGGAUGGCGUCAUCGAGGAAUGUCCGCCUCUGGCUGCUUCCAAUGAUGAGUACUACGGAACCAACUGCCCUGAGCGCGCAUCGCUUGUCAACGAGCAAGUGAGAGGAGUCCUCCCCAAGCUUCCAGGUUGUAACCCUGUAACAUACGGGCCUGCUUCAGCUCCCCAAGGAAUAUGUUCCACAGAGCCCAGCUUGAACAAUCUGCCCGACACUGACGGACAAACAAGAGUUCAACCAGUUUCCAACGUCACCACACUUGCCCUCUCCUCUGGCCAGACUGCCAACUAUCAGGGGUGCUACAUCGACUCGACCGGAGGAAGAGCUCUCUCCGGCGCAAGCACGUCGAACCAAACCGGCAUGAGCACAUCUGCCUGCGCCGCCUAUUGUUUAUACCAAGGAUACUCCGUCUUUGGCACAGAAUAUUCCCAGGAGUGCUACUGUGGACUCUCGGUCCCCGCCACCAAAACCAAUCAGACGGAUUGUGCGAUGGUUUGUUCUGGAAACUCGACCGAAUACUGCGGUGGCCCUAACCGCUUGAGCGUCUGGACCGUUACCGGCAAUGCUACAACACCGUCGACUCCCACGGGGCCGUCUAUCAGUGGUGCAACUUAUAUCAGCUGCUAUUCCGAUAAUGGCAACACACGGACUUUAGCGACACGAACGACCGAUUCCCAUAUGACUCUCGAGCUUUGUGCCCAGACUGCUCAAAAGGGCAACUACAAGUACUUCGGGACCGAGUAUGCUUCCGAAUGCUGGCUCGGCAACACCUUGACUUCGUCCGCCGGGUCUAUCGGAGAAGGCAAAUGCAGUAUGCAAUGCUCCGGGAACAGCACCGAGAUGUGUGGAGGUCCCAACGCCCUGAGCUUGUUCCAGAACAAGAAUUUCCAGCAACCUGGAAACCCGGCGAUUGUGAACAACUUUGCAUUUUCUGGUUGCUACACGGAGGGCACUUCGGGCCGCGCACUCGGCGGUUCCAAGAGCUAUUCGACUUCGAACAACAACAUGACCGUCGAAAUGUGCGUGUCGACCUGCUCAUCCAAGGGCUACAGCUACGCCGGGGUUGAGUACAGCAGGGAGUGCUAUUGCAACAGCAUCGGCGUCACGAAUGGAGGCGCCGUCGCGUCCAACCAGGCGGACUGUUCGAUGCUCUGCGGCGGCAAUCAAACCGAGUACUGUGGCGGGUCAAGCAGAAUCUCCGUCUACACCCUCAAGACCAACAACAACUCGUCGGGUGUUUCGACCAUCGGCUCACGACAAUUGCACAGCAGAGACUUUCUCUCGCGUUGGUUCGGAAGCGAACAAUAAUCGACGAAGUCGAGGAGUUCAAUUAGUAUAGAAUAGGUUUUUGUGCUGUUGUGGAAGUUUACAUGAUUUAUGAAGCAAUGAUCCGUAGAAUUGCAUAGUUUCUCAACAGAAGGAAUUUGGCAAGAUCUUUGUAUUUCUACUACUACAGAUGAUGCUAACAUAUAUUUGAUUCAGUUUCCAUUCCGGGCAUAUUGGACUUUGAGACAUGCUACCGGAGUUACAAUGUAGCCCCAAACAACCACAAAUGUAAAAGAAUAAUCUCCCGUUUGACAACAAGCAAGAGGUAGCUAUCAGGACGUUUUUGACUCACUUCUGGACCUCGGAGUGUUGCUCGGGUGAAAUAGCGUGAACAUCCGAUUCUUGGAGGGUCUGUUGAUCUCGAAGGUGAUCCUGUCCCUGCCUGAUGACGUCGUCGGCUUGCUCCGUGGUCAAGGCCUGUUUGCGUUUGACAUAGGUCCUGACGCCAGGAACCUUGAGCAAAAAGGACACAAUUUGCUUCUUGAGGGGCAGGGAGCCAGUCUUCUCCUCGUACAAGAGACAGAAGACGCAGAAGACGAUGAAGACCCAGUACAUGAUGUACGAGAUGACGGAUCCAUACGUCGCGGUAUUCUGCCACCCGAGAACCGCAUUGAACACGUCCCAACCGUUGUCGGUCUCUGGAUUGCAACAGUUGACGUGCCAAAUUGUUUCCCGGAUGUCAUAAGAUCCGGGUCCGUUUCCUGCCUCGGCGACAUCGCUGCCGACUUUUUUGGCAAACACAUGGUACUGUAAACUCCAGAUGGACUUGGAGAACAUGCCUGCGGCGAUGAGGUAGAGUAUGCUGGUUGCGACGAUCAAAAAGAUCUGGAUCGACAGGAUGUUACCACCACGGUAGAGAAUCAACCCGACGGCCAGACCAGCCAAGAUCCCUGUGAUCACAGGAAUAGGGAAUGCCGUGGCAGGCUGGCCUAGCGAAACUCCGCCAACGAACACCACAGCCUCGACGCCCUCCCGCAAAGUCGUGAUAAGCGGUAGGAUGAACAUGACAUAGCGUCUGGACCAGUUGCUGAGGUAGGAGCCAACAGAGUGCUUCUUGUUCUUUUGCUCGACCAGUGCCUGAGCAAUCUUCACUCGCCAUUUUUCCUGGGUCUUGUUGAUACGGAGAAGGGGUAGUCCCAUGGCAGUGAUGAUGAUAGCGGCGAUGAGAUAGAAUAUACCCUCCCAGAGAUCUUCGGAUUCAGCCCAGAUGUUGUGACCCAAACCGUAGAAAAUCC